AUGGAAGUUCGGAGACCAGCUCCGAGGGAGGGCUCGGAACCCGCCGCCGACGCCGGCGGCGGCGCUGCCUGCUUCGGCACCUCUCUUCGGGUUCGUAGUCGUCGUCUUCGUCCUCUUUGCUCCUCCGGUUUUCUUCUGCUCAUUGUACCUUGAUCCUCACCGCCGGGGACUUCCUUCUGAUCGCAGGAGCUGAGAGACCUGCAUUCGCAUCUCCACCACGCGGCCGACCACUGCGAGGCGGCGUACGGGAGAGCCGCCGCGCGCAAGGGGAUGUGAGUGGCGUCCGAUUUCAUCUGCCCUAGCUGCUCAUCUGAGAAGACGGUGACGCUUUAAUUGCUCUCCAGGGUGGUGGAGAACACGAGAAAGUACGUCUGCGACGCCGUGGUGAGGGUGGUGGACCAUCUGGGCAGCGCCGCUGCGAGCCUCGAGAGCCGGUUGCUUUGGAACCCCGAAAUGGCGGAGAUGGAGCAGCGCAUCGCCUGCUUAAACCAGGUAUACCGGCGGAGCUUGGCUACAUAUCCUGAUUGUUUUCAUGGCGAAAAGGAGCUUAUGGAGAUGGCGGAUUGCAGAGGAUCCUCACCUGCCAACACUACGCAUUCAUUAUCGACCUCGAAGGCCUGAGGAUCAACCCCGAGCUUCCGAGACAUCUCCCACGCUACGUCUUCCCACCUUGUAACGUCAACCGUGCUUUCGAUCUUGAUUUCCAUUGCUUCCCGAAUCUGAUAAUCUUUGGCAGUAAUCUUUCGCUCUUUCGUUUUCUCAACUUUCUUCUUUACUGGCAGCAUCCCACCAACGGGCCUCCUGCCGCCGAGACGUCUCUCUACCCUGCGCCGCAGAAUCUCUUCCGAUGGAUGAUGGUGAUGAAAUGGCGAAUCCAACCACAAUUCAGAGCGCAGAAGCCGGCGCCAUGCAUCAGGAUGCCAAUCCUGUUCAAUGCAUGGAUGACCAGUUCUUGACGAAUCGUCUGGAGGACGCAGAUGGACUCGGGUCCGACGAGCAGGAGGAGAAGAAGAAGAACAAGUACAAGAACAAGAAGAGAACGGGCGGCAGUUACCUACCCUUCCUCCGGAGGAACAGGAGAAUAAUGUGAAGAGGUUUCAAAGAUCACGGCGGCUGCGGGCGGCGCUCCGGUGGUUUCUCUUCCUCCAAUGUUCACUCUCUCAACCUUGAUUUCGACGCGGUCAAACCCGCCGCCGCCGGGCGGCGGACUCCCGCUGUGCUAUUAACGGUUCAAAGAUCUCACCUUUCCACCUCCAUUCAUCAAGAGGCCCCACCUCCUCUCUUGCCGUGCUCUGGGAGUCUUAAAAAUCAACGGGGCGGCCCGGGCGGCGUAAUCUGUCUUAGUGCGGUCAAAUCGGGCUUGGCCCGAUAUCAUUCCGGGGCUCCUUUUUUAAGCCCAAACGACCAGGCCCGUUGAUAUUGAGAUGGUACGACCUGCCGUUCGCCAACCACCCUUCUCCUCGAGGAAUGAAGACGAAAUCAGGAGUCAACCACCACGAUGGCAUCUUUAGAGGAACACAAUUAAAGGAUUAUUUUGACAGUUAAUCACUGUUGAAGGUGCCAUGCAUAAUGGAGGCGCUGACAAGAGGGACGAUCGCGAGCUCACUUACUUUCGUCGCCCAUGAUACGAAAGCUCUCGCGUUGACCAUUAGUAACAUACAACAAGGUCUUAGUAUGUGUGAUAGUGAAGUCAAACCAGUCACCUAAUGUUUGAUCGAUCUAAGGGCACGCUACAGUAUAGAAGCUGGGUCUUUUAAGACGUGCCUAAUUCUUCCCCAAUUCGUCAUUCAUGUUGGAGAAUCCCCAGCUUAUCUCAUACUAAUUUGUUGACUUUAUGUGUCCUAUUAGAUAUGGGUCCCCUGGGUUGGAGCUUUAAGCUUUACUUAUGGGGGAAUAGAGAUCCAACUUUGAUGGUUUGGGCUUUUUAAUUGAUUAAGCGUGGGCUUUGCUAGUCCAAGAAAAUUUAUUUGGAAAAUUUAUAUGUGACAAGCCAAAUGAAUAGGUCGCCGCUGAAUGGUGGGCAGGUGAGGUAGGCAGAACCUGCGUGGGUGGGGCAGGGGACACGUGUCAUGCGGGCAGCAAAAUUAACUCCCGAGUCUUCCGCAUUCUUGAGGGGAGCACAGGAGCCGCAUCUCAGAUGACGUGGCGCAGGGUUCAGUCAACUCCCCUGGCACUCCUAGAGCCAAGUGGACGGGUUACGCUGUCAUGCCGGCGAAGCCGUUGGGUUGGUCUCUCCCUCCGGAGAUGGCUCACCCCAAAGGCUUAGGUGCCAGCAUGAUACACGCCUUCCUUACAUCUAACGUUCAAGACCUAACGGCCCUCCCUCCCCGCCACAUCUCUCCCUCUCUCUCUUUCUCUCUUUCUCUCUCUCUCUCUCUCUGGUUCCUUCACUCCCUUCCGUCUGUCUGCCCCGCCUUAUAUAUCUUAUCCUACAGAGUUCCUCUCCUUGUUUUUAUCUUCUUUAUUUCACAGUUCAUUGCCUUCUCCCCUUCCCUUCUCUCUCAUAAAUACUAUAACUUAUUUCUAUGUUACAAAAGGACCAAGCGCAUCACCUCCAUUCUCGUCAAUUCCGCAUCAUCUCCCGAGGCUCCUUCUUAAUAGAGAGAGAGAGCGAAGGGGGAGAGGGAGGGAGGAGAGAGAGAGAGAGAUGUCCAUCCCCAGAGACUACGCGUCUCCUGCGCUCUCUCUCUCGCUGGUAAGUCCUCCCGUCCGGCGAUCCUUUUACACUUUGAUAGUUCAUCACGUAGCUCUGCUGCCCUCUUAGGCUGGAGUCUACCGGAACGCGGUGAGGGUGGAGGAGGAAGUGGAGGAAGGAGACGAGGAGAGCGGCGGUGGCGGCGGCGUGUACAGAGGCGACACCGUCGAAGUCAGCAGCGAGAACACAGGCACCGGCCGAUCGGAGGAGGACGGAGACGAGGAGGGUCCCCUUGAAGAUGACGGAGAUAUCAGCAGGUCCAAGAACAAGAAGCGGAAGAAGUACCAUCGACACACCACAGAUCAGAUCAAGGAAAUGGAAGCGUAAGUGAUUCCCGCUUCCUCUCUCCAGAAGCGCAAGCAAACCCUAAUCUCCAUGGAACCCUGGAUGAAGAAGCAGAUAUUCCCCCGAACCGCAUCAGCGGGCUUUACCCAUUGACCGGGCUCCGCCGAUGAGAAGCUUCUCGUGCAGCGGGUUGUGGGUAAUUACUCAUCCGAGGGCUUACAGGCCUCCUGCGGGUCAGGCGAUGUGACCCAUGAAGACCUCGGGCUAGGAGAUACGGCCCAUGACGUCCUCGGGCAGGACACAGCCCGGCCCGGAGGACACCCAACCUCUUCGUCUUCCUUUGCGCUUAAGACAUCAGAGUGUCUGCGUCGAGGAGUCACGCAGUAA